AUGGAGGCAGACAAGAACAAAAUGGGCGAGAAGAAGAUCCCCACAGUGGACGACAUCGUGCAGCGUAUUGUGGACAUGGCCAAGGUUCUCUACGGCCUACACAUGGUACGUGACAUGGCCAAGGUUCUCUACGGCCUACACAUGGCCUUCUCCGCCGCGUCCGGAAAGCCGGCCGAGUGGAAGAAAAUGAUGUCCACGCCCAGGAAGAUGGCCGUGCUCAAGUGUUUGCGGAGUACGCCCAUGUACACUGUCGCUAGGCACCGGGCCGUGAACCUGUUCCUGCAGACCUACAGCAAUGUCUGGCUCUCUGAUGAGAACGUCGGCCAGGAGGUGCUCAUCGAGGACCUCACGCAAUCGUUCGAGGACAGCGAGAGGAACAAGAAGACGGCCGACGAGGAGGAGGAGGAGCGGCCGGACCCGGUGACCCAGCUGGUCACCAUGUUCUCGCGCCAGGCACAGAUGGAGCAGGGAGCGCAGUCGGAGGACCCUCUCUACAUGGACUACGCCGUCAUCAUGGCCAAGUCUUGCGGAGAGGAGGAAGAAGAAGGUGAUGAAGAAGAGGCUGAGGAGGGAGGAGACACAGCCGAUGCCAUGAACGAGCAAGAGAUCGAGAAGCAGAAGCUGCUGUUCUGCCAGGACCGGCUGUCCAGCCGCGGCGUGGCCGAGAUGGUGCUGCUCAACAUCUCGGCCAGCAAGGGCCAGCCCAGCGAGAUGACCAUGAACACGCUCGACCUCGGCAUCUCGAUCCUGCGGGGCGGCAACGUCGACGUCCAGAUGGCUAUGCUGAACUACCUGAAGGAGAAGAAGGACUCUUCAUUCUUCGUGUCGAUAUCUGGUCUUAUGUCCUCCUGCAGCGUGCUGGAUCUGGACGCGUUCGAGCGCAACACCAAGGCCGAGGGCCUGGGCGUGGGCUCGGAGGGCGCGGCCGGCGAGAAGAACAUGCACGACGACGUGUUCACCUGCGCCGUCUUCCGCUUCCUGCAGCUGACCUGCGAGGGUCACAACCUGGACUGGCAGAACUACCUGCGAACGCAGGCGGGCAACACGACCACUGUCAACCUAGUCAUCUGCACAGUCGACUACCUGCUGCGUCUGCAGGAGUCCAUCAUGGACUUCUACUGGCACUACUCCUCCAAGGAAAUCAUCGACCAGGCGGGCAAGGCGAACUUCUUCAAGGCAAUCGGGGUGGCGAGCCAGGUGUUCAACACGCUGACUGAGGUCAUUCAGGGGCCGUGCGUCGGCAACCAGCAGGCUCUGGCCCACUCCAGGUUGUGGGAUGCCGUGGGUGGCUUCCUGUUCCUGUUCUCUCACAUGCAGGACAAGUUGUCCAAGCACGCUAGCCAGGUGGAUCUCCUUCGGGAGCUGCUCAACCUGCAGCAGGACAUGAUCAUCAUGAUGCUUUCCAUGCUCGAAGGCAAUGUGGUGAACGGCACCAUCGGCAAGCAGAUGGUGGACACGCUGGUGGAGUCGGCGUCCAACGUGGAGAUGAUCCUGAAGUUCUUCGACAUGUUCUUGAAACUGAAGGACCUGACGGAGUCCACCAGCUUCCAGGAAAUCGACGUCAACAAUGACGGCAUGAUCACACCAAAGGAGUUCAAGGACAAGAUGGAGCAAACCAAAGCCUACACGCCACAAGAGAUCAACUUCCUGAUCAUGUGCUGCGAUGAGAACCACGAUGGCAAAAUUGACUACUUGGAGUUCACCGAGCGCUUCCACAACCCCGCCAAGGAGAUCGGUUUCAACCUGGCCGUGCUGCUCACCAACCUUUCGGAGCACAUGCCGAACGACCCGAGGCUGGCUCGCUUCCUUGAGACGGCCGGUUCGGUGCUGAACUACUUCGAGCCGCUGCUCGGUCGCAUCGAGAUCCUGGGCAGCAACAAGAAGAUCGAGCGGGUCUACUUCGAGAUCAAACAGGAGCACAUAGAGCAGUGGGAGAAGCCGCAGAUCAAGCAAUCGAAGCGGGACUUCUUCUACCAAGUGGUGACGGAGGGCGGCGACAAGGAGAAGCUGGAGCUGUUUGUCAACUUCUGCGAGGACGCCAUCUUUGAGAUGCAGCACGCCACCAGCCUGAUGGGCGAGGAGGAGGACGCCAAACCGGGCGGCAAGAGCAAGGAGACCUUUCGACAUCCUCAACGCGGACGAGGAGGAGAAAAGUGGGAUGGAGCUGGUGAAGUCCUAUCUCCGUAAGCUGAAAGAUAUGAUAUUCAGCGGGCUCAGCGCCAUUGCGCCUGCCAACAUCAAGCGGAAGCUGGCAGAAGUCAAGCGGAUGACGGCCGGCGAGCUGAUGAUGGCCAUGAUCAAGCUGUUCUUAUACCUAACC